AGAAGUGCGGCCGACGCGGAGGUCACGCAUCGUGUAGAGGAGGAGCGACGCCGGCUGAGCCACAGGACGCCGAAAAGAAGGGUGCCGGUGAGGCGGCGCUGACGUACACGGUUCAGUUUGUGGACGGCACGAAGAGGCGCGUAGACGCCUUCCCGAGUGACACGGUGGCGGUGAUGAUUUCUCGGGUUGCCCUUCGCGCCGGCAUUGUGCAAUGGCGCAUGUUCUACCUUGCGGAGCUUGUGGACGAGGGAACUGUGCUGGGUUCGGUGCACCGCUACCUGAGCCGCAGCGCCGCACUGGAGGAUGAGGGCGUCACGCCGCAGACGGUUCUUCUCUUUGAGUUCAAGCACUAUAAACGGCCGCUUCACUGGGACGACGCUGUGGCGCAGGAGUUAUUUUUUCGCCAGCUGCAGCAGCACAUUGUGCGUGAGUAUUACCCCGUUUCGGAGGCGGUUGCGGUGCAGCUUGCGUCGUACGAACUUCAGGCGGUGUUUGGCGACUUCACGGCACAAAAGUCGCUUCUGUACUUUGACCGGGUGGGCCUUGAGGCAUACCUUCCCAUCUCCGUCUCGGCCCAUGAGUACGACUACUGGCAGCAGCGACUGGCGACAAACCACCGACGGCGCGCCGGGCUGACUGCGACGCAGGCGCGUUGUGGCUACAUCGACGUUGUGAGCACGACGCCGUGGUGGGGCAUGACUUUCUUUGAUGUGAGGGACCGCGACAACUGCCCAUUCAUUGCAGGUGUGGCGGAGGACGGGUUCUAUGUCUUUAGUGCGUCGAAGCAGGAAUGCCUCGACGCGAUUCCGUUCCCUGACCUUGUCGGGUGGGAGCGUUGCCCCGCGGGUGUUGUGAUAAGGCGCCGCGGCACUCACAAGAUGACGCUGUACGCCACGAGCCAGUUGCAGGCGAAGGAGCUCGUGGACCUGCUGAGCGAGUACUACAUGCUGCUCCCACAGCGGGUUCGGGAUGGGAUGCGCAUUGACGUUGGGGAUGUGGAGACAGUAAGUGCUGGGCUUGUCAGCCCGACAGUGUUUGAAUUUCCAGUGGUCAGUCGCCCGCACCCCGCACCGUACGGAUCGCGCGUGGAGUGUAUGAAGGCGGCAUACAUGUCGUACUGUGCGGAAGUGGAUGAGCUGGGGCAGCAGCACGUCCCGGCGGCGGCGCUUCUGCGCGCGAUGGACCGAGCCGUGGACGAUGGCACGGCGCUGGACGCACUGGAUCUCGCGAUGGCCGACCCUCCCGUCGACGACCGGCACUUUGCUGUUCUCGCCGAAAUUUUAACGUUUACGCUCCGUGAGUAUGAACCCCCUGAGAAGCACGAGGGGUGGAAGGAAAACAUUGCCGUCACGGCGGUGCUGCUGGCACAACCCUCGGUGGAGCGACAGCUCCUGACGGCGUCUUCUGUGCCGACAAUCGCGAAGGUGAUCGCGCUUUUCCCCGCGCUGCAGACACUUGACCUCUCCUACAUUCCGCUGGAUACGGCGUCGGAGCAGCUUGGCGGUGCGCUGGCCAGAGGUGCAAAGCAGCUGCGGCGCCUGGUUUUGAGGGGCUGUCGCAUUGGCGCGCGGGCGCUGCAUUCCAUUUUGGUCAUUUUUGGUUCCCAGAAGCCGAAUGCUUUGGAGCACCUAGACCUUGAGGACAACUUCUUGACGCACGCCGCUAUACAUCCCCUUUGUGAGGUGCUCAUGGAUGGUCGCGCAGCACUGAAAGAGCUUGACCUGGCGUUCAACCGCCUUGAGCCAUCAGGCAUCGAUGCGAUUGCUAAAGCUCUCCGUGCAUCCCCGCAGCUGCAGUCGCUGGAUUUAUCCGGUAAUCCUGGCGUUGAGCCGCCUUCAAUGCGGGCGCCUUUGCUGGUCACGAAGGGCAGUGGCAUUGCGCGACUCUCUCUCCGUUCCUGCAAACUGCACUUCGCACUCUUUGGCGCGAUGAACGCGGAGCUGAUGUCUAACGGCGACAUUGUGGAGCUUAAUCUGUCGGCGAACCCCAUUGGAGACGGUGUCGACACACGCGCAGCGAUGACGGCAUUUGUUUUUUUGGGUGAUCCGCGUUCAGCGUGCCGUCUGGAGGUGCUUUGCAUGGAGGAUUGCGGUUUGAUGGAGGGAAGUUUAGGUGAUGCGCUUGGAGGCGCCAUGGCGUCGAAUCGCACAGUGCAACAGCUUUUUCUGCGCAGCAAUGGCCUGGCACGGAAAACAGGGUUUCUUCCACCACUCUUGACGGAGGCUGUGGGCACCCAUUCUGUCUUGUGCGUCCUCGACUUGUCGGACAAUGGCAUUUCACAUGCAGGCUGUAUGCGGCUCUUUGCGGCUCUUGUGCGAAGCAAUAGCAUGUGCAAGCUUUACCUUGACGGAAACCACCUGGGUGCUGCUGAGGAGCCGGCAAGCUACGCCGAGCUUGUUGUCUUUCUUGAGAACAGUGUCUCACUGAGUGUGCUCAGCCUGUGCAACACCGAGAUGCACGAUGCUGCGCUGGAAAAAGUUGGCGAGGGCCUCUCGCGCAAUACUGCGCUUCAUACUUUUGUGGCGAGUGGCAACGCGUUUACAGCGUCGGGUAUAGCGGCUUUUGCACGUCUCAUACAACAAAAUGUGACGCUCAAAAACUUGGACCUUUCGACGGAAGCACUUUAUCAUGAUGAGGCUGUGUACGCAGACACGCACCGUCUUUUAUCGGGUGUGGGACGGCUGGAUUCUGUGCAGCUUUAG